AGAAUCUAAGCGACGACGACUGUUGGCAGUGAUUAAUGUCAAGCCCGAGAAUACGUGUUAGACACCAGCCAGACAAGAAGGAAGGAUCCUGAGAAUGAUAAGGAUGUAUUUUCUUAUUCUAGUCCUGAUGGCGUGUGCUGGAGCGUCCCCGGUGUACGACCCUCCCCUGCCACUGCCCCCUGCAGACGAGGAGGCCCGGGUGGUGAGGGCCGAGACCCAUCCUGAGGAAGACACGGUUAUGAUUAUAGAGCGAGAACUGGAGGCUCAGCUAGGACUUCCUCACCGAGCGCAGAUACCGGUGUCCCUUGGGAGGUUCAAGUUCGACGAGAAAGCAAAGGUCAUUUCAGUGACAAACAGUCACCCACCACCAUUCUCGGGCUAUCCUGGAGCCCCUGGUGUAAGAUACGUGUAUGUAUCUUCAGCACAGAAUUAUACAUGAAAUAACCACUGCAAAA